UGUACAGAUGCCUAAAUUUGUGGUGUUAUUUUUCCUUUUUAGGGAUGGGAAUGCUUGCCAGUGUAUACACAGAUGAUGAAGAGAGAGGCAAUGCAAUGGGAAUUGCACUAGGAGGCCUUGCUAUGGGAGUCUUAGUGGGUCCACCUUUUGGGAGCGUCAUGUAUGAGUUUGUGGGGAAGAGUUCUCCUUUCCUGGUGCUGGCAGCACUAGCUCUGUUAGAUGGAGCUGUUCAAUUAUUUGUUCUGCAGCCAUCCAGAGCACAGGCAGAAAGUCAGAAGGGGACGCCGUUACUGACACUUUUGAAGGACCCAUAUAUCAUUAUUGCAGCAGGAUCAAUCUGCUUUGCAAACAUGGCUAUUGCUAUGCUUGAACCAGCUCUACCCAUCUGGAUGAUGGAGACCAUGUGUUCAAAGAAAUGGCAGCUUGGUGUUGCUUUUCUUCCAGCCAGUAUCUCUUAUCUUAUUGGGACUAAUCUGUUUGGGAUACUCGCACAUAAAAUGGGAAGGUGGCUUUGUGCUUUACUCGGGAUGCUAAUCGUGGGAAUAAGUAUUUUAUGUGUGCCAUUUGCUAAAAACAUUUAUGGGCUCAUAGCACCAAAUUUUGGAGUUGGAUUCGCCAUUGGAAUGGUGGACUCCUCCAUGAUGCCAAUUAUGGGCUACCUCGUAGAUCUGCGUCACGUAUCAGUCUACGGCAGCGUGUACGCAAUAGCUGAUGUUGCCUUUUGCAUGGGCUUUGCCAUAGGUCCCUCUGCUGGCGGUGCCAUUGCAAAGGCCAUCGGAUUUCCAUGGCUCAUGACAAUUAUAGGGAUUGUGGAUAUCCUCUUCGCUCCCCUGUGUUUUUUCCUUCGAAGUCCACCUGCCAAAGAGGAGAAAAUGGCCAUACUCAUGGAUCACAACUGUCCUGUGAAAACAAAAAUGUAUACGCAGAACAACAUCCAGUCCUACCCCAUAGGUGAUGAAGAAGAAGAAUACGAAAGCGAUGAAUAA